GUGGUAUCAGAGCACAACUGAGCAGUGCCCUGUUGCUGCCUGUGAAAGUGGUACAACAUGGCUUACAGUGUGACUCUGAAUGGACCUGGACCCUGGGGCUUCCGACUGCAAGGAGGCAAGGACUUCAACAUGCCCUUGACCAUCUCCAGAAUCACCCCUGGCAGCAAGGCAGCACAGUCACAGAUGAACCAGGGGGACCUUGUCGUGGCCAUUGAUGGAGUCAACACUGACAGCAUGACCCACCUGGAGGCCCAGAACAAAAUCAAAUCAGCCAGCCACAACCUGAGCCUCACUCUGCAGAAAUCUAAACGUCCAGUGCCAGUUUCAACCACAGCUCCCAGAAUUGACUCUCCCAGGGCUGUAAUUCCUCAUCAGAAGGUCAUAACCAACACCGCUGCCAACACGGACUUCACGGAGCGUUUCAACCCCAAUGUCCUGAAGGACUCUGCCCUGUCUACCCACAAACCCAUUGAGGUGAAGGGCCUUGGCGGCAAGGCUACCAUAAUUCACGCGCAGUAUAACACCCCGAUCAGCAUGUAUUCCCAGGAUGCUAUCAUGGAUGCAAUUGCAGGCCAGGCACAAGCCCAGGGUGGAGAAUUUGCUGGUGCCCUCCCUAUAAAGGAUCCUCACGUAGACAGUGCCUCUCCAGUGUAUCAGGCUGUGCUUAAAACCCAGAACAAGCCUGAGGAUGACAGUGAGGACUGGAGCCGUCGCUCUGCCAACCUGCAGUCCAAGUCCUUCCGUAUCCUUGCCCAGAUGACUGGAACCGAGUACAUGCAAGAUCCAGACGAAGAAGCCCUGAGGAGGUCAAGAGACAAGGAAAACCUUGCAGCAGCAUCAGAAAACAGGCCUACAGGUACCGCGCAUGCGCCCCAGUAUGUGACCUCAAGUAUUUGGCACCCUCCUAAGUCAUCCACCAGGGAUGCCAACACUGCCAAUGCUCAGCCAGUGGCCUCCAAGGGCUCUGUGAGGCUUGGAGCAGGUACAAGCCAGGGGGAGGCCAGUGUUGGCCAGAAAGCCCCUCUUGCUUCAUCCAGUAACCAAAGUACCCCUGUUGAGCAUGCCCCGGUGGCUCCCAGUUCUGCUGCUCCUGCACCACAUGCUUCAGCACCUCAGCCUGCUCCUGCUGCUCCAAACACAGCCAGCCUGAUGGCAGCACCAGCCACCACCUCAGUAGUGCAAGAGGCUUUCUCAUCCUCCUUCCAAAGAGUUCUUGCAGCCCCCAGCUCUCUUUCCCAGCCUAAGCCUUUCCAUGGGCCCAAGAACAUGUCAUUAGCAGCUUCCACUAUUUCAUCUGCUAUCUCAUCUCAGUCUAGAAACACAACCCAGUCAUAUACAUCAAUGCCAAUUUCUGGAGGCUACAGUGAAAGUCCUGCUCCUUCUGCUGCUUCAAAAAUGAGAGUUGUUACUACUGCCAGCAUAAAGCCCUCUGUCUACCAGCCAGCGCCAGCACCAGUUCAUUCCUACACCCCUGCCAACACGGAGCCUGCGAGUCGCCCUCCCUGGGUAACAGAUGACUCCUUUUCCCAGAAAUUUGCACCUGGAAAAUCCACCACCACCGUCACAAAGCACAUCCUACCAAGGGGUGCUCCGGUGCUAUCUCCUACCACAAUUCCUGCUUACCCGUCUCCAGUUUCAACUUCUUCCCAGCCCCCUGCCUUAGCCCGGGGAACAGUUCAGAGGGCGGAGCGUUUUCCAGCCAGCAGCCGAACUCCUCUCUGCGGGCACUGUAACAGCAUCAUUCGAGGUCCUUUCCUGGUAGCCAUGGGUCGCUCUUGGCACCCAGAAGAAUUCAAUUGUGCUUACUGCAAGACAUCCUUGGCUGAUAUGUGCUUUGUGGAGGAGCAGAACAGUGUGUACUGUGAGCGCUGCUAUGAACAGUUCUUUGCACCGACCUGUGCCAGAUGCCACACUAAGAUUAUGGGGGAAGUGAUGCAUGCCCUAAGACAGACUUGGCACACAAGUUGCUUUGUCUGUGCUGCUUGUAAGAAGCCAUUUGGGAAUAGCCUGUUCCACAUGGAGGAUGGGGAGCCCUACUGUGAGAAAGAUUAUAUUGCUUUGUUCAGCACAAAAUGUCAUGGCUGUGAUUAUCCUGUUGAAGCUGGAGAUAAAUUCAUUGAAGCUCUUGGACACACUUGGCAUGACACCUGCUUCAUUUGUGCUGUAUGCCAUGUGAAUUUGGAAGGUCAGCCAUUCUACUCCAAGAAGGACAAGCCACUGUGCAAGAAGCAUGCCCAUGCCAUCAAUGUUUAGAAGAAGAGUUGGUAGCCAGUAAUGCUGGGGUAAAACAGAUGACUAACUGGGCAACCAUAAAGUUGAUAACCAUGGCUAGCACUUCUCUCGGUAAAAGCUAGACGUUGGUACUUCUCAAGUUUAACUUUACCCUCUUUCAUAAAUGCAGAACGUGCUUUUUGUGAAGUUCAUACAAAAAUUAUUGGAUGAGCAGUCAAAACCAUGAACUAGUCCAUUAUUAUAGCAACAGUUGGCGGAAAUAUUGAAAUUAACUAAAACCUUAUUCUAAAAAGCAAUAUGCAAAUAUAGUUUCAAGUUAACUAUCCACAGCAGUUUUACUGCUUAGACCACACAUUGGUGUUUAAAAACAACUGGAAAAAUACUUCUGUAUUAAGUCAUUUUCUUUCACAGCAAGAAUGAGUAAGUGCCAUAUGUACAGUCAUCUGUAGAACCAAAGGCCGUAGCUUUCAAAUGGAAAUAAAUAGAUUAGGGCUUCCUCUAGGAAAAGUGAGUGCUGUUCCAUUAUCUUGUGGUGCUACCUCAUAGCAUCAGAUAUUUUAGAUUCUUUCCAAAUAACAAGUCUGCCUUGAAUCCAUACGUAGCUGGGAAGCCUAGGUGACAAUCCAUAACAGUUUAAAAAUAAAAUGGUUGGGUCAGCCUUGCUAGUGCACUUGGCUUCUAUGUGCACGGUAGAUAAUUCACUUUCAAAUGCUAAUGGAAAAGGACAACUGGCUUUCUCCAAAUUGCUCUUACAUCAGAUGGAAUAGAGCUGACUGGAAAGGCCAGCUUUUAAUUCAAAACCAGUUUUCCUUUCCUUCUGAGGAAAAAAAAAGAGAUUCAAUCUUGCUUUGGUUUCUAAUUCCCACUGAUGUCAGAGGGAGGUAGGAACCUACAUCUGGACCUUUACACAAGUAAACACAGAAGAAACACAUGCAUCUAGCACAGCUAGGUUGUGGGAGACAGCUUGCAAAAAUUCCCUCCUCUAUCCCACAUAAAUAGGAAAAAGGCUUUUUUUCCUAUAGUAAAUGAAUGUGUAUCAAAAAUCCAUAAAGCAGCAGGCACAUACUCCUUAUUUCUUUCCUUACUUUAAAUGCAGCACAUCAUGAAUUGUAGCACUAUUUGCCAUUGGAAAACAGUAGUUAUGUUGCAACAAUUAGGAUAACCAUACAGUCAUCUUUUCUAAUAACCAUCUAUCUUAAUAGCUUGAGAACAACUUUCAAGUUGUUCAGACAGUUAUUCAUAAAACUCUUUUUUCAAAUAAGCAAUACUUAAAGUACUGACAAUACUUUUGAAUUUUUGAAUAUCAGUGACUUUUAUAUGAGAGACAGCAGUUCUGUCUGAUGGAGUUAAGAUGGAAAGUCUGAUCACCAUUCAAGCUUUAUUAACUCAUUUAAGUGAGAAUUAUGAUGUGUGUGUUGACAGCUUGCAGUACUGACAGUUUUGAAUUAGUACUUCUGAGGCUGAGGAUGCUUUCUGUGGGCCACAUGCUGGUGCCAUCUGCACCUAUUUUACCUUGUGUUCUGAGUAGCAAAAAAUUACGUAAUAUUGUCUGUCUUGUCCCUCCCAUGGGUAAUGCCCAUUUCAUUUGUGUGUCUUUUAAGGGAUGAAAAACUAUCUGAAGCUUGGGGAGGAAUAAAUGAAAUUUGGAGUUCUAAAACAAGAGUUAAGUUAGCUGCAGGCAGUCUGCAUCUUGGACAAAAUUAACAACCUGAACUGCCUGUGGCAGUUUUGACAUGUAUGACCUGUAUUUAUUCAGUAGGUAUCUUAGUUUUCACUGAUCUUAGCCGUGAUCUGAUCUGAGUUGCUACAGGGUCAGAUUUUUGUAUGCAUGAAUUAUUCUAAAACACUAGUACAUUGUAUGCAAAGCCUUUUGUUUGGUUGGUUGGUUGGAUUUUUGUUUGUUUGUUUGUUUUGGAUUUUUUUCUGUAAGCAAGCAAAUUUUCUAUUUUCACUCGGUGCUGGGCUGGUGUGAAUAUGGUCCCAUAGAUUACAAAAUCCAAAGAUCUGGCUCAUAAUAUUCUCCAGAGGAAUAUAUCGUAAUUAUGGAAGUUAAAUAUUUUUUUCCACUCCUAUUUGACUUCAUUAAAUACAUGUUCACAACAGUGAGAAAAUUCUACAUUUCCUCUUCAUUUUUCAGUGCCAUUCAACAAAAUGCUUUUUAUUAUUAUCUCUUAUUUGAGAGAAUUCACAUCAGCAUACUUUAUACUGAGACUGUAUUGAAGAUAUUCUUUAGGCAGAUUUUUGUCAGUGUUGGCCACUGACUGGGACUAAUCUCUGACUUCAACAUCAGAAUAGGGAGCCAGGCUCCAUGGGAAGGGCUUGUGAUGGAUGCCUCAGGAGAAUUUCAUGAGGUCCUUCCCCUCUGAGCUGCAUGUGUUUAUUUGUGUGUGUCUCAUUCUCCCCUCCACCUUCCCCCUCAAUGUCCCUGUAAGCGUCCUCUUCACUGGCCCCAUGGAGGAUAAAUCAUUUUAGGAUCUGGCCGGAGAUGUUGGGCUGCAGCUUAGGAGAGCAGUCAGUCAGUGAAAAGCUGCUGGCAGGCAGCUGGGGCUGCAGCACCUCACGGCCCCUGGGUGGGACAGCCCGGAGGUACCGGGACCCGGGGCUGCAGUGCGGGCAGGUGGGGGACGCUGGGACCGCAGAGGGAGCACCCGAGGCUGCCAGCAUGCAGGGGCUCUGCAGGCCUCUGGCUGAGUGGGAAAGAUGGGGAGCCCUUCCUGAGGCUGGGGUUGGAGCAGGGAAUAGCCAGCUAAGGGCAGCUCCACCACGCUGCAUGUCAGAGUUGGGUGGGGCAGGGAGGCUGGGUAGGGGCAGCAGGAUCACUGCAGUCAGGGAGAGGGCUUCAGGUUAGAAAUGAGGGUACAAGUAGCUCCCGGAGCCCAGAGAGAUGGUUUGGAUACGUACAGAGGGGUGAGCAAGGAUCCAAUCUGGUACAUCUGAAGUCUGGACUGCAGGAAAGGGAAUGCAAUGAAUGUGAGCAGAGCUGAGCUGGCUUGCAGGGUGGCAGCAGUGGAAGUGCAGCAGCACAGACUUCAGUGGGAGCUGUACUGGCUUUAGAGAGUCCUGAAAAAUUCCUUGGGCAGAGAACUGUAGCACAUGCCCUGACUCCAGCUGGUGUCUGAGCAAUUGAGAUUAAAGCUAGUUUACAUAUGAGGUACAGCGAUAUCUCUGAGUGAAGAACAGAGAUACCCUGAGGAUUAUCAUGUAAUAAAAAUUUCCUGUUAUGACUUGUGCUGCUUCAUAAUGUGGUCCAAAAAUAGGGAAUCCACGUAGCUGCCCUUGAUAUCUAUAUUACGAUGUAAUUUUUGCACAUAUCUGAACCAGAAAUUUGUGAAUAAUAAUGUAGCAUUUUAACUUUCACAGGGGUAGAAUACCACAUAACUGCUGAUACUCUUCUGCUACAUCACUUUGUGAUAUGAAGAGGGAAAAUUGCAUAUAUAUAUAUAUAUAUAUAAAAUAAUAUAUAUCUCUAAAACUCAAAGUACGGCCUUUAACUAUCACGGAAAAUAAUGUUGUACAAUAAUAUGCAAGAUGAAUAAUGUGUACUUGAUUAUGUUUUAUGUUUGUAAGAGAUGCCUGAGAUAAGUCCUAAGUUCUUCUGAAUAUUUCUUUUCAUUCUAAUUAAUGUGAGGUUUUACUCAAUAAAACAAAGAUACUGUACCUCUGAAUGAUCAAUUAAAAAUAUCAGUCUUUUGUCUAACUAAAAAGUGUUCAAUAACUUUUCAGUCAAAAGAUUCAAAAGCUUUUUUUAAUGCUUUUCUCUCUUUUGAUGUUCUUUUUGCAGAACAGGGCAAAUUAAAUGUUUCCAAAUGAAGCUACUUUUAUUAUCUGGACAAAAAAA